UCCGCGGCCGGCCUGGGUGCACGUAUCUUCGUUCCCAACGACGAGCCCUUUUUGUGUAGCUCCCCUGAACCCUUUGAUUCCUAAGGCUGCAGUUCUGGGCCACGAGUCAGCAAGGGUGUACGUUGUACCGGUUGUUCAAAGUUCAGUUCCUGAUAACUAGUGCGAUGUAUCCGGAUUCAAAUGGAGUGAUGUGUUUGCUCGUGAGCCUCGCGCUCAUAUCUACGGCAGAAGCCUUCUUCCUGAAAUGGGCAUCAGAUUCAACCAGGCCCGCUGCGUCGCAGAAGACAUGGAUGCAGCAGCCGUCGCCGUACCGCUACCAGUACGUGUACUCCCCGUACGAGUCGCGGAAGAUCUACCAGCCUCAGCAAUUGCAGUACGCGCAACCUGAGGCGCCCAUGCCACAAAACAUGGCGCCGAUUCCAAUCAAUGUCCCAGCAGGCACCAGCCUGACCCCUGUGUCCCUCCAACGCGUCCAACUCGUCCCCUGCAUGUGUCCUAUAGCCCCGGAGGACGCAGAGAAAGUUCAAGAAGUGGGCCCCGCCCCAUACCUAGCCCAAACCUACACCUAUUCCGCGCCCCAAAAAAAACCAGUAGAUAAUGAAGACCACCCCAACCCUCAGCGUUAACUCGUCAGAACGUCUCCAAGACGUCACCAGUCCCACCAAUGAUAUCCAUUUUUUAUAAUUUAAUUUAUUUCAUUUAAUUUAUAUUUAAGAAGACUGAUAGUUUAUGGACGAUCAUGUAAGAAUGUCCGAUUUAAAUAAACCA